GUCUAUGCGGUUACUCAGGACCUCUGAGAGUUUGGGACUUGGUCACACAGAAACCUGGUGGCUGAGGGGACUGGAGGUUAGGCGGUCAGCUGUAAGGACCACCUAGGACAGUCUAAUAUCCGAGGGUGGGCUCCUGGGACCCAGACGUUCUGAUGCUGGGGUACAGGGCCCCCGGGUGUUCAGACAAUGAGUGCAGGUGUCUGGUGUCCAGGUGAGCAGCGUUCAGGCGCAGAAUUGCCAAGGAGCGUGAGGCAGCAGGAGCGCGUCCCCAGGGAACGGGUAGAAGCCACUCCGCCCCAAGAGCGUCCGCAGGUCCUCAGGGCACAGGGACGACCCAGACCUGCUCAGAAGACGAGCCAGCGCUCAGACUCACGGGGUGCAGGGACCCAGGUGCCCAGACUGGGUACAGAGACUCACUCAGGCUAAUGGGGUGCAGAGACUAGACUCACUCAAGCUAAUGGGGUGCAGAGACUAGACUCACUUGGGCUAAUGGGGUACAGAGACUAGACUCACUUGGGCUAAUGGGGUACAGAGACUGGACUCAGAAUAAUCGGGGUAUGGGGCAUGGGGACCAGACCGAGGCCAGUGGGGUGCAGGGACCAGACGCUGGGCCUCUCUGGAGCAGGAAACCAGCCUGGGUCGGGCUCGGCUCCUGUGGGCUCAGGUACACAGUCCAGACCCCUGGGCGGCUCGGGGUGGGCAGGCGGCCCAGCACACUAAUGAAUGGUGCACAGAGAGCAGAGACAAGGGUGAAUGGGACACAUACAGCCGUGCGAGGGACGGGCACAAGGCGUCCAAAACCACAGGAAGAGGGCACCGGCCCCUGGGCCCUGGGCCCGCAAGCUGUGUCAAUGGGGGAUUCAGUGGGCUCAGCAAGCCGGUACAGGCUGUCCAGGGCCCUGGCGACCAUAGAAUAGAGUCCUGUUCCCCAACUGACGGGGCCAGCUCACCCAGGCUGUGAGGGCACUCAGGUGACUAGGACACGUGCCCCAGGUAUUCACAAGUGGGGUCAGAGACACUGACUCUCGGGGUCCCCGGGUGAACAGGGAGCCUGGGACAAAGUGGGGGGGCUCACACAAAUCUCCAGAAGGGGGCUCUGGGACCUCAGCGCCCCCAGACCCCCAGGAGGUGGAGCAAGUGAGGGAGGUAGAGACCCCCAUCCAGCUGGUGAGUGGGUUCCAGCCAGCAGAUGAUGGGUAGGUGCCACCAGACCUUCAGGGAAAUGGGGUUCACCUGGACACCCCAAGGAGUGGUAUGCACGUCCUAAAAGCCCAGGUUCUCAGAACACAGGCACCACGCCCAAAGGACCAGAACACAGUGUCACAGUCAGAGUGGGGAGCAGGUACCGAUGCUCCGACCAUGGGGUGCAGCCUCUCCCAAAGAUGGGGUACAGUUCCUAUGUGGUCGGAUAAUGGGGUAACCUCCCUGGGUGCUCGGGUGAUGGGCAAAUUCUUCCCUGGUGCCUGGAAGAUGGGGUUCAGUUUACCUGGGAUGUUGGAAUGUUGGGGUACAGCCUCCCAGGUGAGCAGAGCAGGGACAAUCUGAGUCAGAGGUGACUGGGGCACCCACAGUGGUCUCAGGGUACAGAGGACAGGGCCCGCUGAGCACCCCCAGGCCAUCCUGGGCUCCAGGAGAAGGGGCACCCGGGCAGUCGGGGUGCACAGCGGGUCAGCACAGGCGGAGAGCGCGCGUGCUGAGCUAGCACGUCCCACACAUCUGUGCCAGCAGCUCCCGGCUCCCCGGCCAGUGUCUGCCUUGUGUUCCAACCUCAAACAUUCCCCAGGCGCCCUCAAAGGAAGAGCCCCCGUCCAGGAGCCCCGCCAGGGUCUCCACGGGGCUGCUGGCUGCCAAGCCGCCGUCUCGGGGGCCGAGGGGCUGGCCGCGGGGUGGUCGCAGGCUGCCAGCUCUGUUUGGUUUUCUCCUUCCUGCCCAGGAACCUCAGACGCCGUCUCGCCACGGAGGCGCCCUCAUCCUGGGGAGGCACAAAGCCCUACACAGCCAGCCUGGGGAGCGGCUCAGGGGGCUCUAGUCUGCUGUGCUCUGGGCCCCUCGUGUCCCCUAAAGCACAGGCGCCUGCUUGCUGAGGUGCCCUGUGGCCUGCCCUGAGAUGGGCGCCUCCUGGGUUAGCUGCUUCCAAGCCCCCCCUCACCCCCUCACCCCAGCUAGGUCAGCGUGGAGGAUGGGGACGCCCACGUGGCAGGACCCAGUGUCGAGCCACACAGGCACAACUCCCGGCCCCCGCAGCCCAAACGCCCUGGUCCCGGGCCCUGCCAGUGCAGCAGGUUCUGUGUUAAGCAUUAACCAGCCCACGGCUCACUGCCAGCAGCAGAUAAGGGGUUGGUGAAUCACCCUGGCCUGGGACCUGGAGGGACUGGACCAGAUUAGCUGGCCAGAGCACAGUGGGGGAGCUCGGAUGUGCAGGCCCCACUGAAGCGGCACCAUCGGGGACAGACUGCAGGGAGGGCUGCGGUCCACUGGCUCCCCCCGGCCAUCCAGAUCAGGGCUGCCCGUUGGGAAACCAAGAGCUCAAGGGACCGGGGCAUAGCACAGACAGGAUGGCCUCCACAAAGCUCCCUGGUCCCGGAAGCUGGGUGGCAGCAGGACCAAGCAGGCACACGGACCCCUGGGAGAGCUCCACCCGGCAUGGCUCAGGGCGGCCCCAGCCCGAGGGCCUGCAGACCCCUGCGCCGCUCCCACCCUCCUCACGCUUGGUGGGGUGCAGCCAGCAGUGCCGGAAGGCUGCCCCAUGACUCAGCAGCCCCUCGGAGGGCCAAGCCUGCACAAGUCUGCCCCCCCACCCAGGUCAGCCGGCUGGGCCCAUCACUCCGCUCGAAAAGCCUGUGGGGCUCAGGACACCUCCAGCCCUGAGGGACCCCUGGAAAUAGGCUGGGGCCCAGACACUCAGCCCAGGCUUUGGGGGAGCCUUCCUCCCCGGAUAGUUUUCUGGCUCCUGAGGGCCAGCAGUUCCGGCCACGAGGUGGGGCUCCCCGAAGCCCUGCCUCCCACACCCUUUCCUCCCCACUGAGCUUUCCUGAUCACUAGAGGCAGAGGGAGCACUGGGCUGCGGCCACAGGCUGCAAGUGGGCCUGGCCUCUUGGUGUCCAGGGUCUGAGAGGAAGGCCUGAGGCCGGCUAGCCAAGGACGUGUUGGGCAUCAGGUGAGAGGCCGCACACGUGGGGUCCGCCAGCAGACCGUGGGGAGAUCUUGCACACAGAGGGCGUCCAGCGUCUCAGUUGACUGGUGGUGGAGGACAGUGGUCAGCAGCAGCCCCUGUUCUGCUACUGCCUGGCAAAUGGGGCGACAGGCCGGAGCCGAGUGGCCGCUUCUCCCAGGUGACCUGGCCGCCGUGACCAUCUCGCAGGGCAGGAGGAUGGGGCACCCACCUGGUCCCUCCAGCCCCCUGGCCCCAGCUGGCACCACAGCUCUGCCAGGGCUCAUUCCGGACCUCAUCGCUGGGAUCCCCUGGCCCCGCUGGGCACUCAUCCUUGUGGCCCUGGCUGCCAGUGCCCUCACUGUGUCCUGUCUGCUGUGUGCCUUCUGUUGCUGCCGUCGCCGCCACAAGAAACAGCCCCGAGGCAAGGAGGCCGUGGGCCUGGGCAGUGCCCGCAGCAGCACCACCACCCACCUGGUGCAGCCAGAUGUGGACAGACUGCAAGGCAACCCGGAGGACCCUCGACAGUGGGGUCGCCUGCAGCUGUCCCUGGAGUACGACCUGGGGAGUGAGGAGGUGAAGGUGGGCCUGAAGCAGGCAGCCGACCUGAGGGCGGGGGGCACAGCAGACCCCUAUGCCCGCGUCAGCGUCUCCACUCAGCCCAGGCACGGGCACGAGACGAAGGUGCACCGCGGUACGCUCUGCCCCGUGUUUGAGGAAACUUGCUGCUUCCACGUCCCGCAGGCAGAGCUGCCUCGGACCACCCUGCACGUGCGGCUGCUGGACUUCCAGCCCUUCUCCGAGCACCGGCCCCUGGGGGAGCUCCAUUUGCCACUGGGAGCUGUGGACCCGCAGCAUGUGCUGGAACGCUGGUACCAGCUGGGCCCGCCGGGUCCCCAGGAGCCCGAGCAGAACGGGGAGCUGUGCUUCUCGCUGCGGUACGUCCCCAGCUCAGGCCGCCUGACAGUGGUUGUGCUGGAGGCCCGAGGCCUGAGUCCAGGACUGGCAGAGCCCUACGUGAAGGUCCAGCUCAUGGUGAACCGGAGGAAGUGGAAGAGGAGAAAGACCUCUGCCAGGAGGGGCGCGGCCAGCCCCUACUUCAACGAGGCCUUCACCUUCCUGGUGCCCUUCAGCCAGAUCCAGAGCGUGGACCUGGUGCUGGCUGUCUGGGCUCACGGUCUGCGUUUCCGAGCUGAGCCUGUGGGCAAGGUGCUGCUCGGCUCCCGGGCCUCCGGCCAGCCUCUGCAGCACUGGGCAGAUAUGCUGGCCCAUGCCCGGCGGCCCAUUGCUCAGUGGCACCGUUUGAGGCCUGCCAGGGAGGUGGACAGCAUCCUGGCCCUGCGGCCCCGACUGCACCUACCACUGCCCGGCUCCUGACAGCACCCUGAGCUUCAGUCUCCAGCCCACUCCCAGGAACCCCCUGUAAUAAACACCUUCUUUCCACCA